CUUUUUCUGUUUUUUUUGGUGGAUCUUGCAACUACUACUAUACUUCUGAGAAUUGUUGUUUAGCACUGCUAACAUCGUCUGGGACACACCCCCAUCCAUCCAUUCCUACUCCCUUGCGACGACGACCACUGGGAGAGACAGCAUUCCAACCACUGUAGCCCAUAGCAUCGCAUUGUCCAUCUUAGAGACAUCACCUUGACAGCACCAGUCACGCAGGGACCGCUCCGUUCCUCUCCUCUCCUCGCCUCUACUCAGUGCACUGCACAUUCCCCUGUCCUACUGGAUCCUUGCACAACUCUCUUUGGCAAGACGUCGAUACACACGGCGAUCAGUCGCUCUUUUUCUCCAUUCCUUUCGGACCUCUCGCUCCACAGAGCUCACUGCCCAUCAUUUCACCCGUCAAAGCUGUCCUCCCUUCUUCUCUGCUCCCCUCGAAAUCGACAAUGUCAACAUUUCAUCCGACCCGCAGAGAUGUCUUUCUCGUCCUGACUUGUUUCCUCGUCCUUGGACUGUUCCUGCAAUUCGACUUUUCACUCCGAUUCGACUCAUCAUGGGGAGGUUCAGGCAGCAGGUACAAUGAAGCGUCUGGUUGGCGAGGAGGUUCAAGCGGUGCCUCGGCGCAUAAAGACGCAGCGGCCAAAGCUAAAUGGAUCGCUGAUAGCAACACGGGUAUCAAGUCGAAGGGCGUCAGUGAUGCCAGGGUCAAAUGGGAUGAUGGUCCUGAACCUGUAAGGACGGAGGUUCUGAGCCAUGCUCCUGGAUGGACCAUCUUUGACUCGAUCUACCUUUUCAAUGGAACUUGGUACAUCGUCACUGACAACCCAUCGAGCAUACCUUUGCUUCGGAUGAUGGUCUCUACUGGAAAUGAGAUCUGGAAUGGCGAAGAGGAGAUCAAGUCGAGAGAACCCACUGAGAAGGACAUGCGGAUCAUCUUCCCUUCUGAAGCUCGUAAACUCUGGGGAACAACAGUCUCCACCGUGGACGGUCCCACCAUGCUCAUAAACGAUCCUCCUCAAUUCCUCGACCACUAUUACCACUUCUGCGCCGAGCUUCUUGUCGGGCUUUGGCGAACGUAUGCUUCUCUCGACCCAACCAUCACCUCCGCCGGUAUCACUCACCUCCCACCUCCCGCUCGAAUGAUGUUCCCUCACACCGCUGCAGGCAAGUGGAACGAUUACGCCAAGAUGAACUCGUUCAUCACUCGGGCCAUCUUCCCUUCCAUGUCGUUUGAAUUUCAACAGGAUUUCCUCGAUCGAGCCGAUACAGCACGAGCGUUCGUCUUUGAGCGAGUCGUCUUUGCGGAUCGUGCGGCCGCUUUCCGAGGUCCCGAAUUUCAGAGAACCUGGAGAACAGCUGCGGAAGCCAUGACCUUGCCUGGAAGUGUAGGCUGGUGGUCACCUUUACGCAAAAACCUCAUCGAAUUUGUGCUCGCCGGUUCAAACGAGGAUGCGCUCGAGCCAGAGUUGAGUCAGAUCGAUGCGAUUUACGGGGACAAUGCCAAGGCGGAUCCAUCUACCGAGAUCGACAUUGAAGCUUUGGAAGAGCAGGAAGAGGCUAUGGAAGAGGCGUUGGAAGAGAAGCAAGCUCAGCAAGCCAAGCAGAAGCAGGUUGUCGCUGGGAAACCCGUCAUCACCUAUGUCUCUCGCCAAGAAUGGGGUCGACGAAUGUUGAGAACGGAGGAUCACCAGGCAUUGGUCAAAGAACUUGAAACGCUGAGAGAAAAGUACGGAUGGGAGGUCAACAUUGUCUCGAUGGACAAGCUUUCUCGAGAAGAGCAGAUUCGUUUAUCGGCCCGAACGACCAUCAUGAUUGGCCUUCAUGGAAAUGGUCUAUCUCAUCUCUUGUGGAUGAACGCUGCCAAUCCCCGAGCGACCGUCAUCGAGUUCUUCUUCCCUGGAGGAUUCGCAGAAGACUAUGAAUUCACCGCGAGGGCACUCGGAAUCAAGCACUACGGAGUGUGGAAUGCGGAGACAUUUACAGAACCGGAUUUACCUCAGGUCGCGUAUCCUGAAGGAUUCCAAGGCAACGAUAUCCCACUGAAUGGCAAAACCGUCGCAGACCUCAUCGUCAAGCGAUUGUUGGUCGAGAAGCACGAAAGUAAAGAUGUAGAGGGCGGCAAACCUUGAAACACGGAUCACAAGGCCCCCAAGACGCAUUAGAAAAGAUCGUCGUCAAGUUCUGCAUUCACAAAUCUCGAAUGACCGACUCAUUCAAGAGCUAGAUCUGAUCCACCACUCGGAGCACCGCUCGGACCUCCACUUUUGUAUAUUAUUAUAGCACCAAAUCCCCGCCCCAUACGGACAAUGUUCAGCAGUACUUGCCGUACCCUAGAGACAAGAUGCAUUCUCGUUAGAGAUCAAGUG